AAACUAACUGACUUUUUGUUGCUGUGUCUUCUUCUUGUUUCUGGAAAUACUCAUAGAACGAAGAGCGAGAGAGAGAGAGAGAGAGAGAGAGAAAGAGAGAGAGUUUCCUUUCCAUUUUCCAUUUUUGAUGUUAAAAAUUGAGUAAAAUUUUCUUCUUUGAGCUUAGAGAAUAGAGAGAUGAAGAAGGAUAAAGGAGUGGCAGUAGCUAAUUCUAUGAGCCCUAAUAACAGCGGAGAAGACACAGAGAAAGAUUCCCUUUUGCCCACCAUCCGAUUCUCUUCUCGAAAUGCUUCCUCCAAAUACGACUUCGUCAAGGUGAAGGUCUGGUUGGGUGACAAUGCAGAUCACUACUAUGUUCUGUCCAGAUUCUUGCUCAGCAGAAUGUUAACUGUCACUAAGAUUCCUAAUCAUGUAGCUAUCAAAAUUGCUCUUGAACUCAAGAAGUUGCUCAUAGACAACAGUCUUCUAGAUGUCUCUCAGUCUGAUUUGGAAGCUAAUUUGUUCAAGCUUAUGGAGCGACGGGGUUAUGGGGAAGAGUACAUUAAUCGUUACAAGAUGAUGACCAGAUUUCACCAUCAAAGAGUACCAUUGGUAAUUCUUGUGUGUGGAACUGCCUGUGUCGGGAAGUCUACCAUUGCUACUCAACUGGCACAAAGGCUAAAUUUGCCGAAUGUCCUACAGACAGAUAUGGUAUAUGAAUUGCUACGAACAGCAACAGAUGCGCCAUUGGCAUCUACUCCAGUAUGGGCCCGGGACUUCAGCUCUUCUGAGGAAUUAAUCACUGAAUUUUGUAGAGAGUGUAGAGUUGUUCGUAAAGGUUUGGCUGGUGAUUUGAAGAAAGCUAUGAAAGAUGGAAAACCAAUUAUAAUUGAGGGCAUACAUAUAGAUCCUAGCAUUUAUUUGAUGGAUGAUGAAAGUAAAACACCAGCUAAUGUGCCGGAAAAAUCAAAAGAGGCUAAUCAGGUAGCUGUGACAUGCGGUGAUGGUACAGAAACAGAAAUGGAAAAUAAUUCUACUAAUGUUUGUGGAAGUGACAGUAAAAAGAGCAACUGUCCUGGGCAUGUGAGCUCAGAAGAAGGGAUAUUGGCUGAUAACAUGAAUAAAGUCUCAGAUACUCUUGAAUCUCUCAGCCUAGCAGGAAGUGUCCCUGUUAGCAAAGGUGAAAGUCUUAAGGAUCCAGAGAUAAACGGAAAUGCUUCUGUUAGGAAGGAGAAGUCUGGUGCUGAACCAAUAAUUGUACCUAUAGUUCUGAAAAUGUCUGAAUUUGAUCAUAAGGCAUUACUAGAGGAGUGGAUCUCGACUCGUACAUUUAAUGAUAAAUUUCUAGUCCAGGAUAAAGAUAAGCUAAUGACCAACUUAAAGACCAUUCAGGACUAUCUUUGCUCAUUCAAGUCACAGGGUUUGACGGUUGCCAAUAUAUCAGCAACAACGUUCCCACAAACAUUGGAUUGGCUGCACAGUUAUCUUCUUCAGUGUAUUGAGCAGGGCAUUUCAUCGGAGUCCAAUGAAGAUGGUAGACAACCAACUGAAAAUUAGAGCACAUGCUGAAGUAAGCCUCAGACUUGUAUUAAAUGAACCUUAAAUAGCGAAAAAAAAAAAAAAGAACCUUAUAUAGUUUUGACAUUUUUUUUUUUUUGGUGUACAGUAUGCUUUUCAUUUAAAGGAAAUAAAAAUUU